GGGGGUAUGGGGGGACUUGGAGACAUGCCAUAAUGAUUAACAAAGUUAUGCAACAGACAUGAACAUUAAGGUGCACUCUCACUGCACUUGCGUCUAGCUUACGUCAUUGCGGGGUUCGAAAGAUACUCAACGAAUUUCAGAGAUAAAGAAAAAAUUUGUUACUUUUUUUGUAUUUUGUCGUCUUCUAACAAUCAGAGAAAAUAACAAAACAGUGACGCAAUGAACGAACCCGCAGUGACGCAAGUGCAGAGUGCACCUUUAUUUUAGGCCACAGCAAUUAAAUUCUAUGGAUUACAUCCUCUGUAGACUGCAACUCUAAUGCGAGAGCACAAAAUAAAAGAUGGGUGGAAGAAACAAACAAAAUAUAUCUAGACUUUCAAAGUUGAGACCAACAAGAAUUUGAGCUGCAGUACAUCACAGCUAAGAAGUCUUUUAUUGAAAAAAGUGUCAUCCAUGAAAUUACUUGUUGUGACCUUAGGAACACGUUCAAGUACUUUGUUCUGGAUUUGUCAGCUUAGAUGAAACAAGCAGGAAAGGAAAAAGUCAUGUCAGUCAGAAAUGAUACACUAUAUAUACAGUAUUCUCUGGCUAUCUACAAUGCAAUGGAAUUAUCUACAUGUACAAAAUAAUGAAAUUGAUAUUGUUAUAAAAGAUCUGUUUUUCAGGAAUCGUUAACCUGUAUCAAUCUAUGGAAGGUAUGCUUGAGCACAAAAGUUCACUAGGAAAAGUAUGAGAAUUACUGGUUAUGAUAUCACAUAAGGAGGUAAAACAUAUGCAUUGUUUUGAGAUUAACAUUGAAAGUAGACCAUUUUAGUAUCUUGAGAGAAGUGUUAUGGCUUUGUGCAAAGAUGCAAGAUUGAGAUUAGUUAUAUGCACAGUGAAAGAAAAAAGUAUGCAGUACUGAAGACAUACAAUAACAAAUUACUGUACUUGUUGCUACAUGUAUGCAGUGGGUUUCUAAUAUAAAUGAUACGUGCAACAUUAUCUAUUUGCCAGUUUAUGAUUACUAGUAUCUGAUUUAAAACAUUGAAGAAGAAAUUGCUAGAAUAACGUAUCUCUAGCAAGGUUUGUAGCUAUUAAAAGAUUCACGGAAAAAUUUUAUGCUGGUAUCUUAACAAAGACCAGACAUUGUGUAAAGGAGAUAUGCAAUCAUAUUAAGUAAAAAAAAAGAUGUAUCAAGAAAUUGAAAGAUAAAUAGCAAACCUGUUACAACUUCCUUCCAUGGCUUACAUGUAGAUGAGUAUUGUGUUAUCAAUUUUCAAAUUGUGUGUAUCAAUUUUUCAUUCUUGUACUAUGUACAGUACUUCUACAUGCUUUCUGACAUAACACUGGCAAUUGCUGUUGAACAAAAUUUAGCAAUGUAACUUUCUACAUUAGCUAGGUUUCUUACAUAUCGUAUUGUGGUAUCAAUAGCAAAAUCAAUGUAUUGUGAAGGCAUGAGGCCUGUUGUAGUAGCUGUACAACAUUAUACCAAAGCAUGAUUUGCAUUUGUUGGGUCAGUGAUGUAUAAAGCCAUGAUAGCAUUUUGAAUAAUGUUGAAUACAAGGAUGUCAAAAAGAUUUGUCAAAGAUUUGGCUUGUUCGUUCUAUAAAGUAACUCACUUUGUUGACCUGACCUGCCCACAGUUGUGCAAGUGAUCACUGUAAGGAAUUAAAAAGUUUGCUGGUUACUGAGGUUUUCAUUCUUGUUGAAUUAUCAUACUACGCUUUUACACUACUAGUACUAUAACGUCACACCAAUCCAAUUCCAUGGUUUCUUAUAAACUAAACAUCAAUCAUAGAAAAAACUGAAGAGGAAAAAUAUUGCUCUGAUUUUAUUCACUCCGUGAAACUACAGACUUAAAAUUCUGAUUUCACAGUUUUCUUUUGAAAUUCGAGAACCAAAUUUUGAUAUUUCUGUUGUGUCAGCUGGUUGGAUAGUACUUCUAUAGUUCUGACAAAUACAUAGGCUGAUAAACGUACAAAUUCACCUGCAGGGCACAGUUCAAAGGUCAGCAUCGUUUGCCCUUUCCCCUACUUCUAGCUUCUGGAAAACCGUCUCGGUCUCACUCUGAUUGUUUAUGGUUCUAUGAUAAGUGAACUACGCACCCAACUUUCCAGUGACGCGGACCGUAUAGAGAUUGAACCACUUGUUAUGUAAACAUGUCAGCGUCAAAUAUAACCGCCGUCCCAGGUUCUGUGGACGAUAUCACCAAACCGUGGGUUCUACAAAUGUUCAACAACAUUGACCCUGAUGUCACCAUCACUCAAGUCGACAUCACUGGACCAAUAGGAGAAGGGCUUGGCGUCAUGAGCGAUCUUGUUGCCUUGGUUACCACGGGGACCAAGAACGGUAAAGAAGAGCGGUACAGUCUGGUGGUGAAGCUGACAAGUUUCGGAUGGAUGAAGAACGUUAAACACAUGUCUGUGGAGGACUACCUCAUGUUUGAUACGGCGGAGGUCAAGUUCUACGCCGUGGCCGUCCCAGAUUUUCUAUCACUACUUAGUGUUAAAAACCCGGAGUCCGAAGUCAAACCCAAGACAGAAGGUCUUGACAAAUCUUGUAGUGAUGCCUUGCCGGUUCCUAAGUGUUACUUCACCGCGAGUGACCAGACCUCUAACAUGUCUGUCCGAGUUCUGGAGAAUCUAGCAACACGAGGAUUCUCCAUCAAGCCGUACCCGCAAACGUUAGACGUUACUGAGAUGAAGUUGACUGUAGGAGCUCUGGCCCGGAUCCACGGUCUUUCUCAUCGGCUGGAACUCCAGUCGGGAACCCCCUUACCCGACAUGUACGACUGGAUGGUUGAAACCUACACCACUAAGAAACAACAGUGGUACUCCAAGUACUAUAAGGAGGGUUUGGAGACUUUCGCAGCAGCCUUUCCUGGUAAGGAGGGUCUGAUGGAGUGUCUGAGGAAGCUGGAUGGUGUAGCGAUUGUGAGAGAGGCAGUGGAGAACCCCGCCAGACUGAAGGUGCUGUGUCAUGCUGACUGCUGGAACAACAACAUCAUGUUCAAGUACGAAGAUGGCAAAGCCGUAGACGUAAAGCUGGUGGAUUGGCAGAUGGUGUCCUACCGGCCGCCGACCUUUGACCUGGUUCUCCUCUUCAUGUACCAAACUUGGGACAUUUUCCACAACCACCGGGGCGCCAUCUUGGAAUAUUAUUACCAAGAACUACAAAGGACUUUGGGAGAAAACGAAGCCACUGGUCUACAGUUCUACACGCUGGAUCAGUUGGAGGCAGACUUCCGAGCUGACAUGAGGUUCGCCGUGUACGAACGGCUGGUGUACGGGAAAGCUCUACUCCCCAGCCAACUAACCCACCUGCUGAGGAUCGUACUGCAGUUGGAAAAGUGGGGAGUCAUCUGACGGAGAUUGUGUUGUUUGUUGUAGGAGGUUCACAGUGACAAUACUAAGUAGUCAAUCAAAGUGGCACUAAUUUCACUAAUUUCGCCCAACUAAUUUCACUAACUUCAACUAAGAGAUAGGGAGCUCUUAGAGCCAACUUAGAGCUAUUCGUAACUUAGAGCUCUGUCAGACAGUGUGUUCCUUGAUGACCAAGACUAUACUAUGGAGUUAGUUAAGCUAAGCCCUGGUGGCGCAUAGGGCGGUGCCCAUCUCUGUUUUCUUAGCCCUAGGCCACACAGCGCAAUCACUACAGCAGGGGGCUAGUCCACUGGUAGUGUGUUCAACUUCCAUACUCUUUCCCGAAUGCUGAGCGC